AGUCUCCCUCUCUCUCUCUCUCUCUCUCUCUCUCUCUCUCCAGCCUCUCCUUAUCGUAUCAAGAACUUGUGUCCAGCUUCACUGAGGUGAUCUGAUCUCUAUCUCUUUUAGAUCAUCUUUUACACCUGUGCCUACUCUAGAUUUCGGAUCCACAGUGGAUCAUCUAGUCUAGAUAUUUAUAUCUAUACUCACUCUUGCGUUUUCACUUUUCACAACGUGGAUGGUACCGCACCAGCGUUUCAACACAACGUUGUUGCAUCAUCUUCAUCGUGGUCAGAAGUUGAACCAUUGUUUUCUUUUCAGGCACGUAAACCUCGCAGAUGACUGUAUACUAGUGCUUUUACGUUCAGUUUUAGUAUUUUGUUAUAACUUAUAAGGUAUUCCUAUAUAGGUUGUUGGAUCUCGUUUGUGAUCUGUAUUAUAAUUUAUACACUUCCGAACAGAAAACGUAAGAAUUAUUUCAUAUAUAUGUUGAUCGUAUAAAGUUUUUUUUUGGCAAUAUAAAUUACUAGAGAAUAAGAACUAACAUAUAUUUGACAAGUUUUUUGUUAGUUGCAUAUGGGUUCUCUCAUAUAUGGAUGUAUCAAUGUAUGUAUAAAUGUCCAAAGCAUAGAAUCAUUGACAAAUUUUUUUUUUCAUACAAAUCUCUUAACUAAGCUUUUCAUAACCUGAUCAAAGGUAUGCUUUUGGUCCAGAAACCGUUUGUUCAACAAUUAACAUAUUUUACACAUGAAUGAUUUUAUUAGGUGAAUAGUCAUGUUCCUAAUAUUAAUAAUCUAUAUAAUAAUUUGGUAUAUCAUCUUUAAAAGAAAAUGAUAAGUUCUAAAAUUUUAAAUUGAUUUGAACAAAUGAGUUGACCAAAAUUUUGUUCGUUGUGUCCCACGAGGCCACGAGGCGGUUCGAUAACUUUCAUACAACAAUCAUUACCAAAAAAAAAAAAAAAAAAAGAAUGAAGAGAGGGAGACCUUUUCUCUGUGUUCUACUCUCUUGCCUAACUCUGUUCAUCAAUGGCGGCCCUCUGAUAACGACAGCUCAGCCUCCAUCUUCAACAUCAUCUCAGCCUCCAUCUUCAACAUCAUGUGAUCGAAUCUGUGGAGGAAUCUCGAUUCCUUUCCCUUUUGGAAUCGGACGAAGAGACUGUUAUCUCAACGACUGGUACGAGGUUGUAUGUAACACCACCACCUCCGGUAAAAGUAAAACCAUAGCUCCGUUCCUCUCUAAGAUCAACAGAGAAUUAGUUAGCAUCACUCCUCGAAAUAGCAUCGACAGUACCCACGGAGUUGUACACGUCAAAUCUCCGGUGACUUCUUCCGGCUGUUCUCAACGACCCGUAAAGCCUCUUCCUUUAAACCUCACCGGUAAAGGAAGCCCCUUUUUCAUCACCGACUCGAAUCGUCUCGUCUCAGUAGGUUGUGGCACCAGAGCAUUGAUUACAGACAUCGAAUCUCAGAUCACAGGAUGCGAAUCCAGCUGCGACGGAAACAAGAGUCGUUUAGAUUCAGACAAGAUCUGCGGUGGUUACAGAUGUUGUCAAGCGAAGAUUCAGGCGGAUAGACCGCAAGUUGUCGGCGUUAACCUAGAAAGCUCCGGCGGUAACACAACUCAAGGAGGUAACUGUAAAGUUGCGUUCUUGACGAACGAGACUUACUCUCCGGCGAAUGUUACAGAGCCGGAGCAGAUUUAUACUAAUGGGUUUACUGUGAUUGAGCUUGGUUGGUACUUUGAUACAUCGGAUUCUCGGUUAACGAAACCAGUGGGUUGUGUGAAUUUAACGGAAACUAGGAUGUACACGAGUGUACCGAGCUGUGUUUGUGAGUAUGGUUACUUCUCUGGGUUUGGUUACAGCAACUGUUACUGCAAUGACAUUGGUUACAGAGGGAAUCCAUAUCUUCCUGGUGGAUGUAUUGACAUUGAUGAAUGUGAGGAAGGAAAAGGACGAGACAGCUGUGGAGAGCAAACUUGUGUGAAUGUUCCUGGAUCGUGGAGGUGCGAGCCCAAAGAAGCAGAGAAGAUCAAGCCUGUGAUUCAAGGUCUUGUUCUUGGUUUGGCACUGUUGUUCUUGGCUCUUGGGAUAUGGGGAUUGAUCAAAUUCAUUAAGAAGAGAAGGAAGAUUAUCCGAAAGAGGAUGCUCUUCAAACGUAAUGGAGGCUUGUUGUUGAAACAACAGUUAACUACAAAAGAAGGAGGUAAUGUGGAGACAUCGAAGAUAUUUAGCUCAAAAGAGCUGGAGAAAGCGACGGAUAACUUCAACAAGAACAGGGUUCUUGGUCAAGGAGGUCAAGGCACUGUAUACAAAGGAAUGUUGGUAGAUGGACGAAUUGUUGCUGUGAAAAGGUCUAAGGUUUUGGAUGAAGACAAAGUUGAGGAGUUCAUCAAUGAAGUUGGUGUUCUCUCGCAGGUUAACCAUAGAAACAUUGUCAAACUCAUGGGGUGUUGUCUCGAAACGGAGGUCCCUAUCUUGGUUUAUGAGCAUAUUCCAAAUGGAGACCUAUUCAAGCGGCUUCACGAUGAUUCUGAUGAUUACACAAUGACUUGGGAAGUACGAUUGCGCAUCGCUGUUGAGAUUGCAGGAGCACUUGCUUACUUACACUCGGCUGCAUCAACUCCGGUCUAUCACAGAGAUGUCAAGACCACAAACAUACUUUUGGAUGAGAAGUAUAGAGCCAAGGUAUCAGAUUUCGGGACCUCGAGAUCUAUAAACGUAGACCAAACUCACUUGACAACUCUAGUUGCAGGUACUUUUGGAUACUUGGAUCCAGAGUACUUUCAAACUAGCCAGUUUACGGAUAAGAGUGAUGUUUAUAGUUUUGGGGUCGUCUUGGUUGAGCUCAUAACUGGAGAAAAACCAUUUUCUGUAAUGCGGCCUGAAGAAAACAGAGGACUUGCGUCUCAUUUCAUUGAGGCCAUGAAACAGAACAGAGUUCUUGAUAUUGCUGAUUCUCGGAUCAAAGAAGAUUGCAAGUUGGAACAUGUGUUGGCAGUGGCAAAACUUGCCAGAAGGUGUUUAAGUCUAAAAGGGAAGAAACGGCCAAAUAUGAGAGAGGUUUCCAUUGAGCUUGAGAGGAUCGUUUCAUCUCCUGAAGAUUUAAAGGUAUAUAUCGAAGAGGAGGAAGAAGAAGAAGAAACUGCCAUGGAAAUCAUCUUGGAUGAUCCUUGGAGCGUCAACAUGACUGCUCCAGCUUCCCUCUUUAAUUUAUCGCCCAAGUUAGAUGUUGAACCGCUAGUUCCUCGACAAACAUGGUGAUGAUGAAACCUGAAACACUGCAAAUAUAUAAAAAGGGUUGUUCAUUUGUUUCCGUUUUCAAUGUCAUAACCUGCAUCAAUCCAAGAUAAGAUGAUGACAAAGAAAAAAACAAUUCUCAAAAACUUGUAGCAUAUGUUCCAUUAUAGAAGAUUCAUAUUUGUACAAUAAUUGUGAAUCUUGAGACAUAAUCCCAGUAGAAUAAGGUAAGAGUAGAUUCUCUAG